CCCAGAGCCCGAGAGGCUCUCCAAUCUGCGGGGUCUUGAACUGGAACACAGAAGCUCUGCUGCUCUGGGGGCCUCCAUCCUGAAACCAGGCCCCCACAGCCCACAUGUUCAGGCUGGUGCAGUGUGUCCUCUUUUUGAGCUCCUUGUGGUGUGUCCCCGCCCAGCCCCUCUGCCAAGAGGAGGAAUAUCCCGUGGGGGCCGAGUGCUGCCCCAGAUGCAGCCCAGGUUACCAUGUGAAGCAAGUCUGCAGUGAGCUGACAGGCACAGUGUGUGAGCCGUGUUCCCCACAGACCUACACUGCCCAUGCAAACGGCCUGAGCCAGUGUCUGCCCUGUGGAGUCUGUGAUCCAGAUAUGGGCAUGGUGACCUGGCGGGAGUGCUCAGGCAGGGAGGACACCAUAUGCCGCUGCAUACAAGGCUACUUCUGCCAGACCCAGGAUGGGGACCACUGUGCCAUGUGUCUUCCCCACAGCACCUGCUCUCCUGGACAGAGGGUGCAGACAAGAGGCAAUGACAGCCAGGACACCAUGUGUGCUGACUGCCUGACAGGGACCUUCUCACCUGGAGGGACCCAGGAGACAUGUCUACCAUGGACCAAGUGCCUGGCGUGGCUCAAGGAAGAAAGAGAACACGGGACCAGCAGCACGGACGCCUCCUGCUCCUUCUCCUGGGGAUUCUACCUUCUUGUGGUCAUCGUGUCGGUCCUUGUCCUUGUCACUGUGGCUGUCUUGAUGUUCUCCAGGAGAAGAAGGCACACACGUCCUGUGACCAAGGUGCUGGUCUCUCUCCAGGGGAAGAGACAGGAGAACCCUGUCAGGUUUCCAGUUACUGAGGUCACCAUUGUGGCCGAGGAGGAGACAGCCCUCAACUGCUGA